GCGUGCGCCUUGGGGCCCAAGUUGGGGCGCGCCGUGGCUAGAACGCGGAGAGCGGCGGGCAGUGCAGCCAAUGGGAGGCGGCGCUGCCUAGCGGCUGGUAGGCGGUGCCUGCGCGGGUGUUAGGUUAGCGCGAGGCGUGACCUAGUUGACAGGCUCUGAGGUGCUGCUGUGGCGGCGUCCGCGGGGCUGAGGCGGGUGGGAGCCGGAGCCGAGCGCGGGCUGAGGGAGGAGGGCGGCGACUGGAGAGCAGCGAGCGGCGAGCAGCGCAGGACGCGGAGCCUCUUUCACUUUUUCCCUGCUGAGUGCCCCCUACCACCCCUCCCACUCCACACACACCCUGUUUGCCCGUGAGCCUGGGGAACUUGCAGCUUAAAGCCAGCCACCCCCACGGCAACAUGUACCCCAGCAACAAGAAGAAAAAGGUGUGGAGAGAGGAGAAAGAACGUUUACUGAAGAUGACCUUAGAAGAGAGACGCAAAGAAUACCUAAGAGACUAUGUUCCCCUGAACAGCAUUCUAUCAUGGAAGGAGGAGAUGAAGGGCAAGGGCCAAAAUGAUGAAGAAAAUACUCAGGAAACAUCCCAGGUGAAGAAAAGUUUGACUGAAAAAGUUUCUCUCUAUAGAGGUGACAUCACAUUGCUAGAGGUAGAUGCUAUAGUCAAUGCUGUGGAUGGCUGUAUUCAUAGAGCAGCUGGCCCCUGUUUGCUAGCUGAAUGUCGUAACCUGAAUGGCUGUGAUACUGGACAUGCAAAAAUCACAUGUGGCUAUGACCUGCCUGCAAAAUAUGUCAUCCAUACUGUAGGGCCAAUAGCCAGAGGCCAUAUUAAUGGUUCCCACAAGGAAGACCUUGCAAAUUGCUAUAAAUCAUCUCUGAAGCUGGUGAAAGAAAAUAACAUCCGAUCAGUUGCAUUUCCCUGCAUCUCAACAGGCAUUUAUGGCUUUCCGAACGAGCCUGCUGCAGUCAUUGCCCUCAGCACCAUUAAGGAAUGGCUUGCCAAGAAUCACCAUGAGUUAAUGUAGGUUACCUUUUGAUGAUAUCAUGAAGCCUUUAUGUUUGAAACCCAUACUGGGAAAGGACUGAAUAAAGUUCCACAUGGAUGUCAGAAGAAUAACCUGUCUUAUAAUUUUUUGGAGUGUCUAGAUUAGGGAAAAUACCCACAGGGAGUGGGUAUGGCCUGGAGACCUUCCCCAACAUGGGCUAACGACACUUUCUAGAGCGAGUCAAAGCGCCAGUGAACCAAAACGAAUGCAGUGAUACCUGUGAGAGCAGGCCAUCCAUCCCUUUCACCCUGGGGUUGAUGACUAUAGCGAUGCCAGCAUGACAUUGAAAACCAGGGCACAUUAACACAGUUGUCACCCCUACGUUUAAAGCUUAAGAGGAGCCUAGAGCUUCAAGACACCCUCUAGUAACAAAGACCCCCAACUGCCAUGACAAUUAGUCUUGUGUAAAGCUGAGGGUGGAGUGAACAGAGGAACUGCAAGGUUCCAUUGGCUGUAGGGUAUGCCAGGUCUCUCUGUGGCACUACUGAGAGUCAGACGGGCCCCUGAUAUGCUGCACACUGAAGAGACUAUACACGUGUGUGAAACAGCAGAUGGGGUUUAGAUAUUCUCUGAUCAAGUUCCUUCACUUCAGUUUCUCUGACAGAAUCCCUGGCCUGUGCCUUAACAACAUCCACACAUUCAUCUUCCCACUACUUCUUGAUAAGGAGUUUGAAAACUUGCCGUGGGCUGCACAUAGAUCUCACGAGAGUUCAUGGUGGAGCUGCAGCCCUCAACUUCAGCCAGCCUUUCAUUCUGUUUGUCGUCAGAUACAUCUAAUGGCAAGUGGGUGUUUAAACCACAGGGAAGGGACAGCAAGAACAAAUAUAUAAUUAGACAUGUUUCCUGGCUGUGUGCUUUGUGGGUAGGCCUGUGGGUUUUCUCCUGGGUGACUUGCCCUAAUUGUAUCAUCAGCUUCCCCCAGCAGACAACUGGGCUGGGUUUGAUCCAUGAACUUGAAGCUUGAGGUGAGGAAUCGUGCAUCUACGAGAGCAAUUAUAAUUAUAAUUAAGAGUGGGUUGGUUUUCUUUUCGGUUUGCCUUCUCAUUUCUCACUGAGCAUGGCAGGGAUUUCCAUUAAUAAUAAAGACAUUCUAGAGAUGUAGAAUUAGGAACUGGUUGACUCUGGUUAAUUGGCAUAUUAUUGUAUUCCCAUAAAUUCUGUCUGGGACUGCUGUGAGUAGAUUUAAAGCUACUGGGAAGAAAUAAAACAGCCCUUUACAAUGAAGUUGUUUUAAGCUUGCAGCUUUUGUGUUUCUAGUGACUUCGAAGCUGGAUAAGUAUUAACUUGAGUAUUUUAUUUUGAAGAAUACUAAAGAAACGACAUGAUAAGAGUUUCUGGUGGAUAUUCAUAAACUGCCUUUGGAUCUGAGAGACAGAGAGUUUUAUGAAACUGUGUAAAAGUGAAAAUAACAGUAUGACACACAUUCACUUUCUGCCUCCUCUUGGGUAGUCCAUUCACCUCAUUUCAUCUCAGAAAAAGUGGGAUUAUUGAUGGUAAAAACCCAACUCUAUUUAUAAUUGGGACAUGCUAAUUGCAGUAUUUUAAAGAAGCUAACACUGUUCAAAAUAAACAGCAUUUUCAAUUUGCAAAUAGUGAUAACAAAGAAUAAUUGGGGAUUUUCUUUGGAGUACUAUUUACAGUAGAUUUUAGUGAAAGUUGAAGGAGCCGAGUCAGUUCAUAUGCAGCUUAUAAAUGUGCUUUAAUUGGCGCUGUCUUCAGGCCACAGGCCCGUCAGUGGUAGAAAUAACACCAGAAUGGAGUCAGCAGGUGUAUUAACCAAAAGUCUUUGGACUUCAGUUGCUGAAGAUCUCUAAGUAUUAGUUUGCCCAUCUUUGAAAUGGGGAAGAUAAUGUAUAACUCACAAGGCUGCUGAUAAUAUUCAUAUGCAGGGUCAGGACUAGGGUGAGGUAAUCAAGGUGCUUGGGAUGCACAGUUUAAGGAGGCAGGUCUCAGCUGCAAACUCUGUCCUUGCAUAGCCCUUACAUUCUGCACCCCAUGAGCCUCCUUCACCUCUCUCUAGUCCUGGUGCUGUAAAAGAGGUAGCCCUAUUACCAUGCCCGGAUCAUAUGGAGGCUCAAAAUAAAGUGCUUUUCUACUAUUUGUCCUGUCUGCCUCAUAGGUAUCUUUUGAAAAGUACAUAGGGAAAAAUAGAGAAAUGUACUCGUGUAGUGCUCUACAAAUCUUAGCUGAUACUAAAUCACACCGAAUCACUAUUAAACCCCUGCUACAGUUAUUAGUUGCAAUGAUGUUCUCAUUAGCAAAGAUAUGUGUAUGUGUAUAUACAUACAAUAGAUAUUAUGAACGUUUGAAGAAUUUCAAUGAAAAGUGUGUAUUACUGUGUUGAGAGUAGCCCUUUAAAGUAGGAUUGUAUUUUUUCCUGAGGACAAAUUAUAAACUUUGUGAAAUUAGGGAUGGUCUUCUCUUGCCUUGUUUAAUUUGACUGCCAGCCCAGCACCAUAAGUAUAUAGGCAAAUCGUAUCAGAAAAUUAAUGGGAUUGGAAAAAUAAAUCAGAACUGAACAUUGUUCUAGACUUGGAUAGCCUUUAGCAGGUAACUGGUGCUGACUGCUGGCUGGCUGGAGACAGCAGUGGGCAUGGCAAGGGUUUCUGGUAGAUAUACAUAAACUGCCUUUUGGAUCUAGGGGACGGAGAGUUUUAUGAAACUUUCUAAAAGUGAAAAUGAUAAUAUGACACGAAUUCAACCUCUGCCACCUCUUGGGUAGUCCAUCUAUCUCAUUACAACUCCAGCAAAAGCAAAAUUAUUGAUGAUAAAAAUCCAACCAUUUGGACAAUGACCAUUUAAACUGGGGAAAUGCAUAAGCAGGCAGCUAGAGGGGCUGGUGUUCUUAUCACCCAGAAACUGGCUCAUUUGGGUGAGAGGGGCACCAAAAGCAGCCAUCUAUGGCAGUCUCUGGCUCAGCCUUAAGCACCCUUUAAAGAGAUUCUACAAGAAUUGCCUGACUCCAUAUGAUUUAAAAGCUAAAUUUAUUCAGAGAAAAGAAAGAUUUUUUGCUGAGGGAAGGACGUUGCUGUGUGUUUCAUCACAUGAGUCGUGGCAGAUAAUUUGGGUUGAGUUCAAACACAAUGUACUUUUCAAAAUGUAAAUCUGUGAAGACAAGCUGCAUUUUUAGAGCCAUUACAGUUUUAGAGAUUUUAUGCUGUAAUCUGAAUUUGUAGUCAAGGUCAGUGGCUAAAGAAUGCUAUUGAAAGGGCCUAGUCUGGGUCAGACAACUGAUUUGGGGAAGAUCUGACUGAUGUCUUCUUUUGUGCAGGGAGAGUUAUUCUCUCACUGGGUUUUCUGUGCACCAGUAGGAAAAGAAGCUGCGCGCACAUGGUAUGUGUGUCUGUGUUGCUCCAAAACCCAUCCCAGGCUGUGUUGCAGUCCUUAGUGAAACGGAGAGAUUUUGAUGAGUCACUAAUAACUGUUUUCCCGGGACUGGUCAUUUAACAUAUACAGGCACACUCAGAUUUCUGCUGUGGUAUAGAACAGACUGGGGAGUGAAAACCUGCCCGUGUCUCUGUUUCAUACUGUGGGAAAUGUUUGUCUUCAUUCUUUCUCCAUAGAGAGGCGGUUUCCAUGAUCGAUGGACAAUCUAAAGUCUAGAAUAAUAGUAGUUACCAUGUUCUGAGCUUGUGUAGCUAUCAUAUUCUCUAUCUUGUGAUGUGCCAGGCCCUACUCCAGGUCCUUCAUGUCACACCAGCCUCAUGAUCUAGGUGUUAUCUUGUCUUUAAUUUUCAGAUUUAGGAACUGCGCCACAGCUAAGUUCCAUGCUCAAGGUAGUAAAUGUCACUUCUGUAUACCUCGCCUGGGCUCACACUCAUCCUGAUGCAGUAACUUGGAAAUCCUUUGUCUGUGUGCACACUCAUGUUUGCUUUUGAAGAACAUUGAAGAGAUUCUACCUUGAAUAGGAAGUGUUUACACUGAGGUCCUUGCUCUCUCUGUUGAGUACUAAAAGUGAGGGCCACCAAGGCAAAGUGACAAGUGGUGCCAUCCUCUCAGAUUUGAUGCUUCUGCUUGGGGUAGAUUUGUGAGGGAGUCUCAAACUCCAGCCCUUUCAGGGGCCAAGGCAGGCCACGUGAAUGAGUGAAGCAGGCUGGGCAGAGACUCCACUAAAUUGCUAGUGUCCUUUGGACGCAGCUGCAGACACUUGUUGCCAUGAAGGAUUAGCCAGGGUCGCCUUAUAGUUUAAUUUUUCUGGAGAAGUCAAGCAUUGAGAUUAAAACAUUUUUGUUAGAAAUGUUGAGAAUUAAUUUUAAGCGUUUAUAAAUAGUACAAACUAACCCAAACACAUCCAUGGGCCAGAUAUAGAUAAUGGGCUGUCAUUUCUGUGUAAUUUCUGUUCUGGGUGAAUGAUGAGUCACCUACAAAAGGCUUCAGUUUCUUGAUCUUCCUGUUAGGAGGAAAAGGAGCUAUCACCUAUGGGAAACCCCAGGACUGGGGAAUUGUGUAAUAGAGGGGCAUAUUUUCUGUGUAGUGCCUACGUAUAGCCUUGUACACUCUUAUCUCUCUGCACUAUACAGUUCCUUGAGCGCUAGCUACAUGUAGCUAUUUUAAUUAAAGCUAAAUAAAAUUAACAGUUCAAUUACCUACUUUCACCAACCACAUUUCAAGGACUCAAAAGCCACAUGUGGCUGGUGGCUACCAUAUUGGACAGAGCAAAGUAGAACAUUUCUAUUGUCACUGAGGUUCUUCUGAACAGUCCAAGUCCAACUCUAGAUUCUUAGGCUUUGGCAGCCCAGGCUAUCUUAUGACUAAGUGUUCUUUCUGAUAUUGGCUCUUCCUGGUAUUGGCCAACAGUUACUGCAAUUGCCCUGGUGGCUUAAGCUUGUUUGCUUUGCUUAGGUCUCUCCAUUAGUCCAAAAAUAUCUCAGCAUUCGGCCAUUUCCAGAUGCCUUACUAUUGGCUCAUAAAGAUGUGUUUGGAGAUGGUGUUUGGUCACCAAGGAAAAAAGGAACUCUUGUUACCUCUUGCACUUCUCCUUCACACUAUUUAUUGCCAUUACAAUGUUAUAUUUGUUGGGAAGUGAAUGCUUACUCUCCACGAGAAUCCCACUACGAGUCCCAAGGAAAGGGAUCAUGUGCUUGCCAUUUUUUCUUUGGUGCCCUACAGAGUUCCUGGCAGAGUGGGCAGCCACAACUGUUGGAUAAAGUUAAGCCCUGGGUAGGAUAAUUUUCCUUUACAAUAGUGUCCAGUGUAGGCAAAAUAUCAUUCCCAACAAGAAAAAUGGCACAGCUCAAAAAAAGUAAUUUCCAUCAUGUGUUGGCUUAUAACGUGCCGUGGUGAGAUUCAGAAUCACACGGUCCCUGUUCCUUUCACAGUAAUAAACCCAAAGCAAUUGAAUGCAGAGCUAUCAACAUGAAUAAGGGCAACUCAACUAGGACUUUCUCAUGCAUCCAGCAUUAAAGAGUUUUUGUUAACAUCCACAGUAACUCGUUAAACUUUGUGUGAAAACAUUCACAGUUAGUAGUGAAACUGUGUGUGAUUCUGCGGUCACAUUAAAAGGUGUUUUGGAUAGGCUAAUUAUCCUUUAUCAUCCUUUUUGGUGUUAUGACUAUUUAACCUCUUUUUAUAUAAACUUAAAUAUCCUUUGCUCACACAGUGAUCCAGACAGCUGGAUACUCCUUAUAGCGUAUUCAGGAGUCUUCAGAGGUCCCUCUUGGACAUCUACUGGUUGCCAUGGGUGAGCAUCACAUCCAAUGUAAAAAGCCGAAUAUUCUUGGGACAAAUUAAUACUGAUGGUUAGAAGUAAAACAAUGGACUAAUAAAAUAAAAAGAUGUUUUUCUUUAAGUUUUCAAAAAGGGAAAAUAGAUUUUUCUUUAUUUCAGAAAAGGAAGAAUGUAUGGCAUUACUAUAAGCUCCACAAAGGCAAGGACUGUGGUUUUGAGGAUGGUCCUUAGAAUGUCUGUCCUUCAGGUCCAUCUAGUGAGAGUCUUUAAAAAAUAUAUCAGAUGCUGUGGUAGACACCAAACAAACUGUAUCCCUCAUUCCCUGGCUCUAAGUUAGACAAAAUAAGCUAGCUGGACCCCAAAUAUCUGAUCUUUUGAAACAAUUAGAUGACAGUGAUGGAAUGAUAUAUAAUUAGGCAUCAUCAAAAAUAGUUCAGGUAUAACAUAAAUCCUCUAGAGAGUUGAAGAAAGAUAAGAAUAUUUGGGGCUAAACUGAUGAGGCAAGGCUUUAUGGGAAAAGUGGGGAAAAUUGACACACAGAUAUGAAUAGGUGAGAGUAGAAGGGAAGUCAUUAACAUUGGAGAAGAGAGAAAAAGGAGACUGAAUCCUGGUAUGAGCCAAGUAGCAAGAAUGAGUAGACAGGAUAUGUUUAUAGAACAGCAAUGAUUCUGAUUUGACUUUUUACUGAGAAAAGGUGGGUUGACUGUUUUCAGCCUAUUAUAUAUGAGGAUGCAGAAAUUGGAUCUACUAACUUGAUUUAGCCAGCAACACAUAGUUAGAAAUGAGUAAAACCAUAUUGGGUGUGUGGGGGCUCCGCCUGUGGUAGUUGACACUUCUUUUUUUGGCAAGGAUGGCUUGGUUGAUCUGGGCAUUAAAAGGAAAUGCCCUUCUCCUUUCCUAAAAGUGACCUUCCUAGAUACCAAAUAGAAGAUAAUGACUGUUUAGUCAAGGAAAGAUGGGCAGUCCCCAGAUAAUCAAUAUUUCAUAGGCACAAUUCACUUAUGUUUUGUUUGUUUCAAAAUUUUGCUAGCAAGUAUCUCACUACGUAUUGGAAAUGAGAAAGAUAUGACCAUCUUAUUUUGGUAACAGUUGUGGUGGGUGAAUGCCAAAAUAUUAUGUAAAAUAAAACCUUUAAGUAAGGGGAAGUAAGCUCACUAUCUCAGCUUUCCCUCCCCUUGCCUGAGCUCAUAGCAUCAAGCUGUUAAGGACUGUACCAGUGAUGGCAUGUGUUCCCCAGAGAAAAUGGAAUGAGCCCACCAGAUAUCAGUAAAUAUUUCUUACUGUUUUGGUUUCCAUGUGUCUUAAGUGUGAAUUUUGAGUAAAGGUUUUAUUCAAGCAAAAGGCUCCUUACUCAUUUUUUCCUACAAUAAUAUUACUAAAGCUUAGUUAAUAGUAUUCAACUAUCUGUUCUACUCAGCAAUAUAAUGUAAUCUACUGAAAUAAGAAAUUAUCUGAAAGGACUUUUUUUUCACAUGGCUUUAUAAAGCAUCCUUGUUGAAUGUUUGAUGGAGAAAACGAGUUAAUAACAUGAGAGGUUUAUACAUUAACUAUUUAAUAACCAGUGGAUUCAGGUAAUUCUGUUUCUCCUGCUGCCACCCAAAGUCAGACCUCUCCCCAGAUUCCUGAUUUGUUGCAGCCAUUUUUCUCCCUAUAUCGUAACUACCCAGCACUACCCUGCAAAUCCUCAGGGACUGCCCAUUGGCCAUCUUAUCAUCAGCGUAAGGCUUCAGAAUGAUCUGAGGUCCACUACUGGUGUCUGCAUUUCUUCCUUGGAGUCCAUUCACAGGAUUUAGUAAAUAUCUCUCCAGUGUUUCUCCAAAAGGCAAAAUCCAAACACUGAUGUUUAGUGCACAUGAGGCCAGGAAAGGGAUUUGCAAGGCAGCUGGCACAGCUGCUCUAGAUUCUCAUAUUUUCUAAAUCCCUUUUUCUUCUCCCCUUCAGUACCUCUGUCUUUUUCUCCAUUCUCUCCAUAGCACUUAUCAACACUUGACAAACUAUAUCCUUUGCUCAUUUAGCUGGUUUGUUGCCUAUCAAGUUUCCAGUAGAAAGCAAGUAUUAUAAAGAGAAGGAUUUUUGAUGAUUUUAUCUGCUUUUAUAUCUCCAGUACCUAGAAUAGUGCCUGGCACACAGUUAGUGUUCAAUAAAUAUUUGUAGAAAGACUAAUGUAGAGCAAUGGUUCUCAACCUGGGGCGACUUAGCCCUCCAGAAGUAUUUGGCAAUGUUUGGACACUUUUUUUUUUUUUUU